UUGUGCACAACAGCCUUGCCCAAUUCUAUAAGAACACUUGCAUGUCUAGAAAAGUUCUACGUAGAAAUGAAAAAUGUUAAGGCUACCCUCAAUUCCAUAUGCAAUAAGGCAAAUAACGUCGCUUUAUCCCAUGCUCGAGCACAUAGAAGAAAGCGAAAGGGAGAUGACCGCGAAAAACCUGUCAAUACUGAGGUUGGGGGCUGUUUUGGCAAAAUCACUGGAACACCUCCCUCAAAAAAGUCACGAAAACUGGAUGAUUUCCAAAUUUGA